CCAUUGGAAAUGAUAUUAGAACUCUAAAAAUAAGACAGCACUAUUUGAUAACAGUAACAGACGAAGCUUGUUGUACCCGUUUACAGGAGGAUUAACGAUGGGAAUAAGAAUACAUUUACUAUGCAUGCUCUUUAUUGUUCCAGUGAUCACUGCACAAACAGCUAUUCAACUGACACCAUCCCUUCAACAAGCGUUGGUGGACAAACAUAAUAAUUAUCGGAAAAAUGCAGGAUCCAGCAACAUGAGGUUUUUAACUUGGAGUGAAUUUUAUGCAACUUCUGCUGGAGAAUAUGCAAUGCAAUGUGAGUAUCCGACUUACAGCAACAAUGCAAGCUACGGAGAAAACAUGUAUGCUUCAACUGUAUCGUCAAUUGAUAAUAACGUUGGAGCUGUGACGGAAGCUUGGUACAAUGAGUUUCAGAACUACGACUAUGAUACACAGACCUGCAAUUCAACAUGUAGAAAUUAUAUUCAAAUAGUUUUUGCCAAUACAUAUAAAUUUGGAUGCGGGGCUUCUACAUGCCCAGGAAAAGCUGGACUGCUGGGAGGAUCUGCUUUUAUUUUGAUAGUUUGCCAUUAUUGGGAAUUACCAGAUUUGGAUAACCUAACUUCCCUUUUUGAGAAAGGAGCUCCAUGUACAGAAUGUGCAUCUCCAGAUGAUUAUUGCCAUGAAAACUUAUGCGCAAAUUUGGAGAGAGAUGGAAUAGAUUUCCGACUUGAUAACAUUACCACAACUUCAGUAACUAUCGAGAAAACAACUCCAAUACCGGUAAGUACUACUUCAGAAAACGCGAACAGUACUGCUGCGACACAAAGUUCUACCACAACAACCACCACAACUACCACUACAAUCGGAACGACAACUCUUCCCACAACAAUUGCCACUUCUCCUCCUACUACUGAAAUUACAAGUAGUACUUCGAGUAGCAGUACUACGUUGGAAAUUAGGCACAGCAGCACUUCGCCAACGUCGUCUCCAACAGCGACUUCAUCUGUGGAUCCACCAUCCAGUUCGACGAGUUCUACAACAACCUCAGAAGCGGCAACAACUACCACUUCAACUGAACCCGCAAAUCCAUGCGGUAUAGGAGGAUUCUCAAAUGGAAGAAGGUUCCUUUUCAAUGAGAAGUUAUGUGUGCAGUACUACUACGAAUGUGUUCACAAUAACUACAUUAAACGUCCAUGCGCAGCCGGAACAAAAUUUGACGUGGACUCAACCACGUGCACUUGGGAAAGGAAUAUCGCGGCAUGUCAAGAUGAUCAACCUACAGUAUCUUCGUUUAUAACAACCGAAGAGUCAUUUACAACAUCCACCCUAACAGCUUCAAAUCCAUGCGAUGCAGGUGGAUUCGCAAAUGGAAGAAGGUUCCUUUUUGAUGUCACGUCAUGUGUGCAAUACUACUUUGAAUGUGUUCAUGAUAACUACAUUCAACGUCAAUGCGCAGCCGGGACAAAAUUCGAUGUGGAAUCAACCACGUGCAAUUGGGAAAGAAAUAUCGCGGCGUGUCAAGAUGAGGAACCUACAGUAUCUUCUUCAAGUACAACUACUGCAACAUCAGAUUCAACAACUGCAAAUCCAUGUGGUGUAGGAGGAUUCCCAAACGGAAGAAGGUUCCUUUUUGAUGUCACAUCAUGUGUGCAGUACUAUUAUGAAUGUGUUCAUGAUAACUACAUGAAACGUCCAUGCGCACUCGGGACAAAAUUCGACGUUGAAUCAACCACGUGCACUUGGGAAAGAGAUAUCACCGCAUGUCAAGAUGGGCAAACUACAGUAUCUGUAACAGAUCCACAUUCAAGUACAACUACUGCAACAUCAGCCCCAACUACAAGUACCACUGAAUACACUACCGUAACAACUGAAGAACCAACAUCUCCUCCACCAGAAUCUUGCACUGAAGCUCAACGUCAAUACGUCACUAUGUUCAGAGAAUGGCAGCAAGCAAUGGAUGACUGGUCUACAUUAAUGGAUGAAUACGAUCCUUGUCCAUAAUAAAUAUGUUACUUGUUUUUGUAAUUUUAAAUGAUUUUCAGAAUUUUAAGGCACGAAAAAUAGGAGCUAAUGAAUAUGAUUCAAAAAUAUCACUGAAUAUUUGUACAAUUUUACUGGAAAGAUGAAAAACAAAAAACAACUCAACUUCCCUGAGUGGCCAACGUACAAAUAUAUUUUCUUGUAUCACUCACUAUA